AUGUCAACUGCUCAAAAAGACAACUCCCUUGUUUUCGGGGUAGCUAGAAUCUAUGCUUCAUUCAAUGAUACUUUCGUCCAUGUUACUGAUUUAUCAGGUAAAGAAACCAUCUCAAGAGUUACCGGUGGUAUGAAAGUUAAAGCUGAUAGAGAUGAAUCAUCCCCAUAUGCCGCUAUGUUGGCUGCCCAAGAUGUUGCUGCCAAAUGUAAAGAAGUUGGUAUCAAUGCCGUUCACGUUAAAAUUAGAGCUACCGGUGGUAACAAAACUAAAACUCCAGGUCCAGGUGGUCAAGCUGCUUUAAGAGCUUUAGCCAGAUCAGGUUUAAGAAUUGGUAGAAUUGAAGAUGUUACUCCAGUUCCAUCAGAUUCUACUAGAAGAAAAGGUGGUAGAAGAGGUAGAAGAUUAUAG